CGACAACUGUCAGUCUUAGCCGAACAAGCAACGAGUAAGGGUAUAAACGAAUUUCUAAAAGCGAACUCUAAGAGAGUAUAACAAGACGAUCAUAUAAAAUAAAAAAGAAAGAAGAAGAAGAAAAAGAAAUUAUUAUUCUUUGUUCGACAAAGAAGAAGUAAGAAGAAAUAUUUAAAAAAGAAAAUGUCUCUGCUACCACUUAUUUUCUCCGACUGGUGGGAGGAUUUGGAAAGACCACAUCAUCUGAUGGAUCAAAACUUUGGCUUGGGAUUGAAUCCCGAACAACUUUUGACUAUUCCAAACAGAAUGGAUAUCCUAAGACAAAGGGAAAGAUUUCCAAUGAGUUAUUAUCGUCCAUGGGCUGAAUUAAUUCGUCAAAAGGAUAGCGGUACCUCGACUGUUAACGCUGAUAAGGACAAGUUUCAAGUUGUCCUGGACGUUCAACAAUUUCAACCGAACGAACUCGACGUUAAGGUUACUGAUAAAUUUGUCGUUGUUACGGCUAAACACGAGGAGAAACGUGACGAACAUGGAUGGAUCUCAAGACAAUUUGUUCGUAAAUAUAUAAUACCUGAACAGUGUGAUAUCGAUCAGGUUACAUCGAAAUUAUCUUCCGAUGGUGUACUGACGAUUAUUGCACCGAGAAAGGAAGUACCCAAAAUUGAGAACGAGAGAACGAUUAAGAUCGAACAUACUGGAAGACCUGCUAUGCAGACUAAAUCUCAGAAACAACCAGAAAGACAAGAACAACAACAACAACAAGAAACCAACGAGGAAGAAAAGAAAUAAGACGAAAAAUGUUUCUUCUUCUUUUUUUUUUAAAAAAAAAAAAAAAAGAAACGAGACAACAUUGAACUAAUCUUCAAGUUUUAUUUCUAUUUUUUUUUAAUCGUACUCUUUCUUUUUCGCAUUAAUAGUUCCUCAUUAUUAUUAGUAUUAGAAUAAUACAUUAUACGAUUCUCUUAAAUUGUUAAUUUUAAAUAUUAUUAAUAUUAGCAACCAUUGAUCGAAUAUUUAUUUAUAUGUAUAAUUGAAAAACGACAAACAAAUAUGCGUGUUUUCAUUAUAUACUUUUUCGUACUUAAAAAUAUAUAAUAAGCUAUCUUUUCUUUUUUUUUUUAUAAUUUAAUAAAUACAAACAUAUUAUCGUAUAA